AUGUCCACUGAAGAUAUCAGCAGGCUCCAAGCAGGAAACCUCUUUGGUGUCAACGGGCUCAAUGUGGUCAUUACGGGCGGAGGAAGUGGCCUGGGCGCCUAUAUGGCCCGUGCACUUGCUAUUAACGGAGCUUCCAAGAUCUUCAUCGUUGGUCGUCGAGAAGAAGCAUUAACUCGUACCAAGAAUUCACUGCCCGAGCAGUAUGCCAAGUCCAUCAUUCCUGUUCUUGGCGACGUGAGCUCAAAAUCCUCCUUGGCAAGUGUUAGAGAAGCCAUCACGGGCAAACAUGGCACUAACGAAAUCGAUGUUCUGUUCUGCAAUUCAGGCAUUAGUGGUCCAAGUGUGGCCACGAGUGACCCGCAGACAAAGAAACCGUACGACUCGGUCAACGGCCUAGCUGAGGCUAUGCUCGCACCAGACGAGCAGGAUAUCACAAACACCUACCACGUCAAUAUCACAGGUAUUCAUUUGACCGUGGCCACGUUCUUGCCUCUUCUAGACGCGGCGAACAAAGCUCGUCCAUCACCUUCAGCAAACGUGCCGUUCAAGCCUAGACCACAGAUCAUCACUACAUCCUCGAUCGGUGGAUACAACCGUGUGCCUCUCGGAAACAUGUCCUAUGGUCCGUCAAAAGCAGCUGUCGUCCAUCUGACCAAACAGUUGGCGACAGUUUUGGUGCCAUACGAUAUCAGAGCCAAUACUAUUGCUCCAGGCCUCUAUUUGAGUGAGAUGACUGAGGGCACAAUGAAGGCGCAAGGUAAGGCAGAGAAGCAUAACGUGGAAGGUACCUGGGGAAAGGACGUGAUACCAGCGACACGAAGUGGCGACGAGGAAGAUCUGACCGGUGUAGUAUUGUUCUUAUGCAGUAGGGCAGGAGCAUACGUGAAUGGGAAUGUGCUGGUUACAGAUGGUGGGCGACUGGCAGUCAUGCCGGCUAGUUAUUGA